UCUCAGAGCCCUUAUGAACAUAUUUGCAGACACAACCACACCAUCUUGACCCUUAAAACGAUGCUUUUGUGAUGUUUGGCCACCCAUUCCAACAUGAAACUCUGCGAUUGACGUCACCGAGCCAUCUUUGUCCGUCUAAUCCAGGCUGGUUAUUACACCUUCAUUACUGUAGGGACUCUGACAGCGCCGGGCUCUUGUCAUAGCCUGCAGGUGCCGCAUCGCCGUAGAAAUAGGAAGAAGAGGGGGGUAGAAAAUACAAAAAAGAAAAAAAAAAAAAAAAAAAAAAAAAAAAAAAGCUUUUAUAGCGACUGGACAGAUUGAAGCCAGUGCUCCUCCUAGGAUAUAUAGGCAGGGAAACGCCACAAUAACCAACGCAAGGGUGCCAGAGGGUAGAGAGGAGCGCACAAGGCAAUCCACAUCCAUCUGCCAGCCACUUACACGCGCUAACAUUUCCAGUCCGGAUUUCGGCACAGCUGUCCAGCCAAUACAACCAGGAAAAUGUCUGCCCCAGCUGCUGGAGCCCCCGCACCAGAGGGAGGGAAUCAGCCCCCUCCCAACCUCACCAGCAACCGUCGUCUGCAGCAGACACAGGCACAGGUGGAUGAGGUGGUUGAUAUCAUGCGUGUAAACGUGGAUAAGGUUCUGGAGCGUGAUCAGAAGCUGUCAGAACUGGACGAUAGGGCUGAUGCCCUGCAGGCUGGAGCCUCUCAGUUUGAGACCAGUGCUGCAAAACUGAAGAAUAAAUACUGGUGGAAGAAUGCUAAGAUGAUGAUUAUCCUGGGUGUGAUAUGUGUGAUUGUCCUCAUCGUCAUUAUUGUGUACUUCAGCACCUAAGAAGAGUUGCUCCUACCCCAGUCUGAUCCCAACUUCCUUGCUACAGAAAAACCCUCAAAUUGAUGAUGAAUUGAUCACUGAUAGUUAAUUUAUUAUAUAUCUCCCCCUGGUUAGCCUCGAUAUAACACCCCUAAACCCUUCAGGGCCCCAUGGCUCCCCCACUUCCACCACCUCGCCUCUGGACCCCUGUCAAUAUUUGUCCUGUGAGUCUGUGGCCCUGUCUCCUUUCUGGGUACUCUUGGCUUUUCUAACAUGCCAUACUGAGAACCAAACACUUGUGACGAUGCAACAACAGAAAAGGAAACAACGAUUGGCGAUAAUUGUUACAUAACUGAUAUAUAUAUAUAGUUCUUUGUAGACUUUUAUUCUGAUAUAUACUGUUUUUGUAGGUGUGUGUGCGUGUGCGUGUGUGCAUUUUGUAUUUUUUAAUUUUUGUAUUAAUUUCACGUAUGCUUCAGCGUUAACUACUGCCUAUUAUUCAAAGUGUGUAUCUUGCAUGUUCUCAUCAUUUGUCUGUCCCCAGCUUACUCUCUAUUUUUGGUGUAUUUGCACAGUGGAGUAAGUCAUUUAACUAAGGAAACAAUGAUUGAUUUUACCUGUGACAUUUCUGCCUCUUAAGUCAGUCUAAAUUUAGCCAGCGAAUUAAAACCUUAACUGAAAGUAUCGCAGCUUAAAAGUGGAGCUGACUCAGACAAAAACUGCCCGUAAAAUUCCCCAAAGUUAGUCUAUCCAUCAGGUCUUUCAGCUCCGUAUUUUUAUAGUGUGAUAUUAUCAGGAGUUUUAGUUACUUGCUGGCUUACUGAGAGAUUAGAUUCUCACUGAUGUUGAUCAACAUACAAAUAAUGCAUGAAUUUUUAAAUUAAUCUCUAGUUGUCAUCCUUCCCAGUCCUUUCUAUUUGAUUCAGGACUUGUUUCUAUUUUAACAUUUCUGCCCUCGAAUAACUCUCAGCUGUAGUCUCUUGUAAAAGCUCUAAACUCUUCUGCCUCUCAGCAUGCUUGAACACCUCAAUAACUUCUGAUAAUUUAAAACUGCCAUAGUACAGUUGGACCAAUGUCUGUAGAUGUUUAUUUUUUUGUUGAAAUAUUACGUAGUGUCUUAUUUCGAAAACAUUCCUUCAUUGCAGUGUAGUGCAAAAGCUCUUACUGUAGCACAUGUAAGUGUAAGUAUCUUUUAAAAAAAGACAUGCUAUGAAACUUGUGUCGAAAAUGUUGGUCUUACAUACCAUAAGAGAAAAUAGUGAUACUUAAAUAUCUGUAAGGGUAAGUUUAGGAUAGACAGGAUUAGAAUUUGACUCUGUCCAAAUGAUUUUAUUUUGUAAUCUCAGUGAUGUUAUCUUAACAAACACUUACAGUAUACUGUGGCGAUGUCACUGUGGACGAGGGUUUGAUAAGUAACUAAUGCUAGGGGAUCAAUGGUAUUGUUGCAUUAAUUAUGAUACAUCUGUUUCCAUAACAAAAAGGUAAAUUCUCACCGGCCUACAUGGACACAAAAAGCCUUAGUAUCCAGUUACACUCCUGUUCGAUAACGUAGAUUACUUCCAGUUAAACACACCCUUACACUUUCAAUUUGUGUAGGGAGAGUGGCUGACUGCAGACAAGGAAUCUGUUUAAAAUGCACAAACAACCUUGUUUUUGAUGGCGCUGUCUGGCUGGUCAAUAGCCUGGCCAAAGGAGAUCCUCGUGCAGCAAACACUCUCCGCAUAAAGAGCACAUAUGUGAACGGAAGAUUCCGCCUUAUUUUGCAAAUCCAGGACCAGGGACAGAGGCUGAUGAGGAAAAUGAGAAAUUCACAGCUUUCUGGGGUUUAGUUAAGCUGUCCACGAAAUUUCAGCUAGUUCGAAAUUUACACCUAAAGACAAGAGGCGAUUGCUCUAAAACUAGUAGCAAACUAACAAACUAGUGUUUAGCUAGCGCAGUGGUUCUGUCUCAGUGUUUCUCCCUCUAGUUAAGGCCUUUUUCUUUUUUAAAUAUGAUAGAAUAUAUUUUUUAUUAUAGUAUAUUUUUGUGUCAAACAGACAGGUGAAGAGGAAGGGUACAGUCAGUACCUUUUGCUGCCAACAGCAGUCAGCUCCUCUUUACCUCUGUCUGCUGUGUUUUUUGUAAUUCCGCUCUAUGCGUUAUACACUGCCAAGCAACAAGGGAGAGGCUGUUAUUGCGGUUGUUUCUUUCAUUGGUGUCCUCGCUGGUUUGAUCUUGAACUAUUCGACUAUACUUUUCCACAUCUUUUCCUGUGUCUACUAAACUUUUAGCUGCGUCUAUCAGCGAAGCAAUGCACUUGAUUUAUGGACUCUCAAAUGCUCUGUCGCACUAAGGCCUUGUGCACACAAGCUGAUAAUAUUGACUAUACAAACAGGUCUGGCUUUUAUUAAACUGAAGUAUGUAGGCCUGCAUUGCUGCAUAAUUAUCAACUCAGCUCAAGAUUACUAUUUAUAAUCCUGCGAUGUUAAAAUUUAGCUUCUAGAUCUUGUUAGAGUGUAGGCUACAGUUUCUGAAAAGCACUAGAGACCACUUACAGUAUUUUAAUAUAAGUGUGUGUAAAGCCUUAGUAGCCUUGUCUUCUUUCAACAUGACUUUUUAUUCUCCCCACCAGCUGAAUAGACCAGCCUGCCCCCUUUUGCUCAACUCACUGAUACAGAAUCCUACAGUGUGUGUGUGUGUGUGAUUGUGUGUGCUCAGGUGUGUGUUUAUGUGUGUGUUAGAAUAGCUCUGUCUUGGGAAUAUCCCCAGUUUAUCCCAACAGAUUAGGUCGCUUAAAUCUCAGAGUGCGGGCACGUUGUUUCCUUGACCACUGAAUUACACAAGCAGAGAGGUUACAGAUCUGCCGGUCAGUUCUCUUUGGAAGAUCCCCAAUUGUAACAAACCUAAUCCUACAACCUACUCCCACGAGUUCUUCUUCAAAAGUAAACUGCAGAAGAUUACCAAAGACCAGAUUUUAAUGCUUAAGCUGCCAAUUGCCAUCAAAAACAAGCGAGUAGAAACAGGUUGUCCAAACAGUCCUAGUCUGUUGAAAAUAUCUUCUACCCUUACCCUGUCUGUCACCGAGUACAGGACCUUUGAACUCUUACACACUGUUUGUGAGUGUGCCAUUCUAACAUAUGCAAGUUAAACCAAAACAUGAGGACCGCAUGCUUCAAGAGUCAAAAACGGUUCCCCCCAACACAUCUAUCCAGGUCCUGAGAAUUUCUUUAAUCUGCAAUGACUUUGUAGACACAUGAUCCUAUAACUAAUAAAUAGCACAACUCUUCUUUUUCUGUCUCCAUAGAGCUGCCAAGUUUUAAAAUCAAAACACGUAUAAACUAGGUAAUAGACAUAAACUAAGAAAAACGCUUUAAAAAAAAAAUCUGCAUUGUUUGGUGUUGUAAUAUGGGGGUGUUUUGGGGGUUAGGGGGUCCUAUAUCCUCAGAUUUAAGGUAUUAGCAAUUUACCAAAAUAUAGGACAAAUAUGAUCAAACUGUAAAAUUGGGUUUUAUGGCAAUAUCAAAUAAUCCUAGGGUUACAAAUCUUGUCCUUUUAGCCAUCCUGCAGGAGUUAACCACACAGUGGACUGAAGUGACAUAACACUACUGAUUGGGGUAGGACUUCUGUGUUCUCCAUAAAUCCAACUGUUGUCCUGUGAGUGCUCAGCCAAUUGGUCACAAUGGUGAAAAUGAAGUGAGUGCUCUCUUUUUUCUGUUGCUUUAUUGUCUGUAUGAAAAGAAGUGCGCCUAUAUUUUACCACCGUGGCACUUUUUCUGUUGUGAUUUGUUAAUUUGGUGGGAUGGGAACAUGAAUUGGUAGAGAAUAUUGUCUUAUGUCAACCUUAAGAAUUGUUCAGGGAUCUCAACUUAAUGCUAUGUUCAAGUCAUUUGGGGGUGAAUGAAUAUUUUCAGAACCUCUUCCACGUUUCAGUUACAACUUAAGAACUUGUAAUUAAGACUUGGAGUGAAUAAGCCAGAAUGAAAUGGACUAUCAGCGGGUGAAAUCAAUAGUCAAUCUAAAACUUAUACAAAGAAUUAAAUAUGAUGCAAAGUGGGGUACAUACUCCCCAUAUUUUAUUUUUACCCCCAAAUGGGCUGAAUGCAGCCACAGGAGGGAACCCUUUGAGUCUCUGAAUGUUCACUGGAUGAUGAUAAUUAUACAAUAUUCUUCGUAAUAUAUGUUAACAUGUUUUAUUUGAACCAAAUAUUGUGUUUUUUUUCCUUUUGCAUCAAUUUAGUAAUAACUCCAGAUGUCACAGAAAUGUUUAUGUGUAAGCACUGAUGGGUAAAGGUAAAGAAAAUGGGAUGUUAAUGGAAAAAAGUAUUUUUACCUUAAAUUGUCCAGAAUGCUUAGAAUGAUUCUGCGGUUUACAUCAGAUUGCCGUUUGUAUCUACAAGAUAUAUUUUUUUGUUUAAAUCUGUUUAUUUUUGAGGAAAGAUUUUCAUUUCUCUUCGGGACUGGGGUUUCUGGGAUGAAGGCCCAUAUUGCCCCUGUUCUUCUGGCCUUACAGGAGGGACGGGACUGGAGGAUCAUGGGCAAUGUGCUCAGUUUUCUUUUCUUUUGUUCUUUUUGUUUGCUUUUAUUUAUUGAUAGAUUUAUUGUGCUGUCAUUUGGUAUGGGAUUAGAAAUUACACAAGGUUGACUCAACUUAAAGGAGAGGAAACUGAAUGAAAAACCGAAGUACAUAAAAUAAUUGUAGUGUAAAUCUAUCAAUGUCUUAUUAUAUUGAUGAACAUCAUGAAAUAUAUGUAUAUUGGAAAAACA